AUGCGGAGGAACAAAAAAGGUCGCCCGGUGAGCACGCGUAUUAUAACGGAAAUGGAUAACUUUGAUAAGCUUGAGAGAAAAUGUUCCAUGUGUCGUCAAAUGGGCCACAAUCGAACCUGGUGUCCCAAUGUGGGAACAAGUAAUCGUUAG